GUGAAUGUGUAUGGCGGGUGUGCGUGUGUGUGUCUGUGCAUACAUGUGCGGCUGCUGCGGUACCUGCAUUGGGCAGCCGCCGCUGACACCGCUGUAAGUAGUAGCGUGGUUCUCAGCGUUCCUGUUCUCACACAGGCACACAGGCACAUAGGCACAUCUACAGCUUCUCGCGACUUGCAGGAGGCUCCUUUUCUGUUGUUCUGGUUUCACCGUCAGCAUAUUGUUUCUUCGCUGAGAAGAAAGUCCGAAGAGAGAGAAUAGAGAAAGAAUAGAGAGAGGACAGAGAAAGAAUAGAAAGAUGGACAGAGAGAAGACGAUAGAGAGAAGACAAUAGAGAGAAGACGAUAGAGAGAGAAUAUGCUUUGCUUCAGUAGUCCAUCUACUUGUCGGCGGUUUGUACAUGUAUGAUGGUCUUCCUAGUGCUGCCGGGUUGUACCUGUCAUGUCUUUUCUCUUGUAGUUUAAACAGCUCUGUCUCGAGCCAAGGCCUUCCCUUGGCUUUGCCUUUUCCAUUUGCCCCGGCCUUUUUGCGUGUCUUCACUGGGGCGUUGAUGGCUAAUUAGAGUGCUGAGGAGCAAGGAAUAAGGGCGUUGAAGUCUGUCGCUGCGAAUAGCCGGGGCCCGGGAGUGGGUGAUUGACCACAAGUCCCGAAGCGAAGGAGCGCGGUGGCGGCAUCGGCCGGCAAUUACCCAGUAACUCAACCUGGCGACUCCGUCGGCGGACGGUGGUGAUUACGCGUCGUCUUCUGAUCUUUCUGAAAGUGAGCGUGUGGUUGGUGGUGCCCCUGAAGUCUCGCUGGAGGGAAAUCCAACUCAAGCAAGGUCUUCGGGAACCAUGAACGCAUCUACGGCGUCCUCCUCACAGAGAGGGGGGACUAGAGAUAAGAAGGCACGGAAGCAGCUUGAUGUUACAUGCUCUUCCCAUGGUGGGGCGACAAGGGCGGAGAAGAAAUUGAAGAAGAAAGCGGAGUCAUCCAACCAGAAGUGGGAGGAGGAGGUCAAGCAGAGGCAGGCAACCUACCGACACCCAACGUUUGACAUGAUGCAGCAUUUCCUUGAUUUUUCUCGUGACAAGCUUGCGUAUACUGCAGACUUUGAGGCGAAGGAGGCAAGCGAAGCUAGCAGGAUGGCAGAUAAUUGCAUCGUCUUCGACUCCCGUGGCAACGUCCUGCUUAGGAAGUUCAGUAGUUCUUAUGGCCUGAAGAAGGACGCUCAGCAAAAGUUGGCGGAAAUCACGGACAGGCUGUCUGCAGCUUAUCCCCCACCUAGGAGUGGGGAAGAGGACGGCCGAGUCCCAAAGGACCGGGACGGUCCCGUCCAGAGGAGCGGCUCUUACCACUUCAGAUCCGCCCUCGUAGGGCAGACCAAGGAUACGGCGGAAUACUCUACGCCCAUCACGGGCAUUUUUGGACCAGUAUGCAGCUUCCUCCUGGAUCUGGACCAUGCCAACCAGGUUCUCACUGGCAUCUUCGAGUACUUCGAACCUGACAUGUUCCUCGAAUACCGGGAGGCUAUUGAGACGCUCCCGCCCGACAGGAAGGUUCUGUUCACCGGUACGAGCGAUAAGGGUGUUUGGUGUGACCGUGUUGUCCGAAUCAACAAGAACACUCAUUGCCACCGCGAGCUGAGAGAUCGCAAGGAUGGCUUCUCGUUCAUGUUCACGAUCGGUAAGUUCGACGGCGGAGACCUGUGUCUUCCAAAGUUGAAACUCCGCAUUCCAUUCGGCAGCGGAAGCGUUAUCAUGUUGCGAUCAGCAUUGCUGGAACACUUUGUCUGCCCCUGGGAGGGUGAAUACAGGUACCAGUUCACUUACUCAACUCAUCAGGAUAUCUUCGAUUGGGCGAGGGACUACAAGUACGCGACCCAGAAAUACAACAGGAGGUGACCGUCUACUGGGCCUUUUGACAAUGUGCGUUGACUGGGGAUCGAGACAUGGGGCGAUGCAAGUGGCUUGAUGGUGUUGCAAUGGUUGGCCUGGGGACAGGGGACCACCAAGCGUUAAAGCUAGCCGGGCUUCCGUCGAAGAGUGCACAAGAUUUCUGAUGCAGGUGGUAGGAGCGGGGAUGAGAUUCGACGGGUUCUCACAAAGCGCCCGAGAUAUUGUUCCCUGAAUCCCCCCCCCCUGACAAAGGCCAGAGCAAUUGAGACGAUCAAGUGGUUUUGAUCAGAGUAGGAGAGUCUCAGAGGAGCAUAGUAUUUAUUUUGUGAGAUCGUGCAGUAGGAGGUAGUGUUCGUUGGAUGCGCGUCCGCGCGCGCGCGUGUGUGUGUGUGUGUGUGAAAGAGAGAGAGAGAGAGAGAGAGAGAGAGAGAGAGAGUUUAUGUCAUUAGCGCAAGCCUUAGGUAACUGUGUGUGGAAUCCUUUCCUUUCCUUGGGGCCGCUUGCUUCACCAUAACGUUUUGUGUUCCUAGAAACAAGCAAGCAGGUAAGCCAGCGGCAAACUGGGAAAGGUGGACGGAAAUGGUGACGAGUCUGACGACAAUGUUACGGUUAAGGUCAAGGUUCCUUCGCUUCUUUUGUUCUUAUUACUAGCUGUGGACCAGAAGGAAAGUCGUCGUACCCUUUUUUGUUUUUCGUCGCAGUUUCUUCGUCUCCACACCCCCCCCCACGGAUGCACACCAUCUGGUUCCAGAAGUUUGAGUUGUACACGUGAGCACUAGAGUAGUACUGGUAAGUAUAAUCUUAUCUUAAAGUUUUCCUUUUCUGGAGCAAACCUCUGUUGAUUUUGGUGACUUCCUUGGCCCCCUAGAAAUCAGGGAAGCCAGAGUAUAUCCUUGUUUUGAAUAAAGGGAAUGGGGCUGC